AUGAAAGACGCUGGCUUUGACGUCCGGUCGACAGAAGCCACGCAUUCUCCUGAUGAGGACUUCCCAAAAAUGGAAAGCGGCUUUGUGAGCCUUGACCCAGAAGAGGAGAAGCUUUUGGCAGAAAUUAGGACAGAUCUCGAAGGUAUGAAGAAGAAAGAAGCAGCUAUGGAGGCGCUUCUUCAAGAGCUUGCAGCGUCUAACAAGAUAACUUAUGCGGCCAUAGCCGCUCACUCGGGUGUUUCUGUCCCAGCUGCUCCUUAG